AUGGCUCCUCAUGGUCGACCCCCGCCAGCAUACACGGCUCCUAAAGACUCGACCGUCCACGGCACUACCCCUAUUUACAAGUCUAUCUCAAAGACGGCCGCUGAUGCCUCGCAGCGCGUCCUGGAGACAUCGUUCACCAUCCGCCCUUGUUCCGGACAGGCCUGGGUCGUCCCAGCCGGACAUAUCUGCCGUCUCACCACCCCCAAAGGUCCACAGGUCGGGGACCUGAACAUCUGGAACGCGCAGAACCCUCGAGAGCGUCUCUGGGCUGCCCGCACGCGUCAAAUCCAUGCGUCUCACGUGUCUGUCGGUGAUCGUCUCUGGUCCAACCUGCCAUACCUGCGCCCACUUGUGACAAUAACGGGGGAUUCGCUGGCCGGCGGUCAGCUGCAUGAGCUGGUUGAUGACAACGGCGUGCGGAAAGCAACCUUCGGAACCACCCAGUUUGGAGGACGGUGUCAUGACCUCCUGGGCACGCGGUGCGAUCCCUACGUCAAUCUGCUCAUGGGUGGAGAAUCGUUCGAUUAUCACUGUCAUUCCAAUCUGACUCGCGCGGUGGUGCCCCAUGGACUUACCGAGCUGGAUGUGCACGACGUCCUGAAUGUCUUCCAGGUUACUGGGCUCGAUGAGGAGGGGAAGUAUUUCAUGGAGACCUCUCCGGCUAGGCCGGGCGAGUACUUUGAGUUCUUUGCCGAAGUUGACGUCCUUUGUGCGCUUUCAGCCUGUCCUGGUGGUAUGUGUCUUGCAGUUCCGACGAGAUUUGACAAAUACUGA